CUGGCGAUAUGAAAGAACUGGUGGCGUAUCGUGUUCCGCUGCAUUGACCUCCUUAUAUACCCCUUCUUUUUCCUUUCAUUCAACCAGACCAAAACCAUGCUCGCGACAAGGAGGUUUCUUCCCGCUGCACUGCGCCUACGUCGCGCUGCAUGGCAGAGGCCGGCGAUACGUUCUCUUGCUACCCUUGCGGAGGAAUCAAGCUUUAAGAUACCACUUAUCGACUUCAGCAAGUUCUUGGAAGCAGGAUCCAAAGCUGAGAAGCGGAACACCGCCGAUGAGAUUGUCAGCGGUUUCAGGAAUGUUGGCUUCAUUUAUCUGGAUAAGCAUGGCAUCCCGGAAAGUGUAGUACAGAAAGCUUUUGCUCAAAGCGCAGAGUUCUUUCGCUUACCCGCAGAAGUAAAGUCGAAACUGGAAUGGGAAGACCCUCGCUCGAAUCGUGGCUACGUCAAGAUUGGCCGCGAGCGUGUUACCCAAUCUGCCGAUGCUAACGAGAUUGCGCAACUUCGAGCGAAGGCUCCCGACUUCAAGGAAUCAAUGGAGAUCGGACGGGAUUGGGACAAAACGUGGAAAAACCGAUGGCCGGAGGAGAAACUCGUUCCACAGUUCAAGCCGACAAUGCUUUCAUUCUUUCAGACGUGUCAUGAACUUCAUGUGCUUGUCAUGCGAGCCAUUGCGUUAGGUCUUGACCUUGAGGAGAAUUUCUUUGACGACCAAAUCAAUGAACAGUUCCAUAAUCUCAGGUUGCUAUCCUACCCUUCGAUUCGGACAAAUUUACUUCGUCAAGAAGGUCAAGCACGAGCGGGUGCUCAUUCUGAUUAUGGCACCUUGACUCUAUUAUUCCAGGAUUCCGUAAGUCGGCGGUCUCGAAGUGCAGAACCCUCAUACUAAGACUUUCCAGCCCGGAACACCCAUCCCCGGCACAAUCGUCGUAAACGCAGGCGACCUUCUCGCCCGCUGGAGUAAUGAUAUCCUCCGCUCGACUCUUCACCGCGUCGUCGCCCCGCCUGUAGAGAAACUAAGUGAGACUGAGGGUAUCACACCCGCUCGACAGUCAAUCGCAUUCUUCUGCAACCCUAAUGGGGGUGCGAAGAUCUCCUGUCUGCCGACGUGUUUAGGAGUGAAUGGAGAGAAUAAAUAUCCGCCAGUCACGACGGAGGACUAUAUCGUUGGUCGUUUGUCUGUGACAUAUACUUGAUGGCAACAUCAUUACAAUCAUCGUUCAUUGGAGAAUUCUUGUUGUGGUGUACUAUUGUGGCACAUGUAGCCUUUUUUCAGUCAUGGAAUUACUGAUGGAAUUCACGCAUUGCGAAUGAUGAGAAAGUAGCGGAUGGGUUGGGCCAAUAGCAGUGGUGGUGAUCGGUGGCGGGGUGGGUUCUCUAAGUUCUCUUUCUGCUGGAAAUGCGAGCCCAUGAGCAGUAAGUACUUAUUCCCUUCCAUCCUUUGUCCGGAUAGACCCCUUGCAAUCUGUAAUCACCGAAACAUCCCGGUGCAAGCGCGAAGAAUGGGCCGGAGAUUUGGGACUUUAAUUGGCAAGGUACUACUUAGGUGCAGUAGUAUAAUUCAGUAGCCAUGUGUUCGACGACCUGACGACCCAGUUGUGAGCAUUCUUGAGUUUGAUCUAAGGCGGCCCGGCGAAGACCCCUGGGGCGGUCGCCAUCUGGAGGCUGGAGGAUUACCUUUUAGGUACCUGUCGAGAUAGUAUGGACAAGUAUCAUUUACUCCUCGACCUAGACAUUUUAUAAAGCAAGCAUCUCAAAGGCUUUUCCAACGGC